AUGUCGACCUCACCGACUCGAAAUGAAGGCGGCGGUCUCCCUACAAAGAGCGGUACCAACAACAGCAAUAAUGCGGCUGCUCUCUCGGCCGCCUUGAAGGGCGCAACUCUUGCUUUCAACGCCCAAAAGGCUGCCGCUGCUACGAAUAAUAAGAAUGCUGCUGAGACGAAACAGACGUCGAUAUCCCCGAAUCGAAACACGACGCAGAACAAUACUACGAGGACGAGAACAACCGGGCCCGGGGCCGGGAACGGGGCUUUCCUUGCGGCGAAUCAUGCCGCGAGAGAUGCCUCUGUUUCACAGACACGAUCGCGGGCAAGUUCGGUGGCGCACAGUGCUUCUGGGAGACUAGAGAUUGGGAGGCAGGAGACGGGGGGUAGUUGGAGUAAUCAGGGGGUUAGGGAGGAUAACAUUGAAAAGGAUGAUGAUGGGCUGGUGGCUCAGAGAGUGGCUCAGUAUCUACAUGCGGGCAGUGGGGGGGGGAUCAGUCCGGGUACCAGCAGCACGCCGUUGUUGUCACCACUGGGGGCGGGCAGGAGUAAUGCUGGGGAUAGCGGGAAGCAAUCGUCUGCCUCGUUUAUAGCCGCCACGCUCGCCGCCAGCAGGUCUACUUCUCCGAUGCCGAACACGAACCAAAAGGCAAACAACAAUGGUGUUACCCAGACCCAUCCGGGUAGGAGCAGGGGACAUAGCACCGGAGCUGCGAGCGUGUUGUCUAUGGCGCCGAGUUUAGGUCCGAAUUCGGUGGAUGCGCUGGAUACCGAGUCGAUAAUGCCGACGACGUCUUUGGUGUCGUUGUUUGAAAGCAAGGGCGGGGAGGAUGUUGACCCUGUUAAGAAGAGGGACGCGCCCACACCUAGGCAGCAAAAGGUAUCACCCUCGCUGUCACCGAGGGGUAGGAGCCCUGGGCCGGCCGGUGAAAGGCAGACACAGAAAGUGCUGGACGAACAACAGACCAAGACAAAGCCUAAACCAAAACCGAAGCCUAAGCCUAAAAAGACGCCCGAGUCUACUGAGAAGCCUAAAGUUGAGGGUGAGUCAAAGCUUGGGUAUCAUGAGAUAAAGCGUCCUGGCACGCCUCCUUCGAAAUUCUCUUCGCCUGCUGUUUCUACACAAGUUGUCUCUCCUCAACCAAGAAGGGUUGCUAAGACGGCAAAACUGGAACCCCCGGCACUACCACCUGCUAGGAAGAUUAGUGACAAGAAUACGAAAACACCUACUGUUGAGGUUACUGCUAUCCGGUCGGCCAGUAUGGAGGAAGCCAGGCCUGAAGAGAAGCAACCUGCCAAUGUGGUUAAGCAGAGGCCAGUCCCGGCAGCGCCAGUCAUGCGUCGGUUGUCUGAGUGCUCAAUGUCUUCUGAUGACAGCUUCGUCUCAGCAUCCUCAGCUCAGCAACCAGAUCCGGAAGAAGUUGAGGAACCUACCCCUCAAGAACAAGACAACAAGCCCCAAGAGCAGCAACAACAACAACAACAACAACAACAGCAACAACAAUCAAAACAAGCACCCAAACCACCCAAAUCCCGUCGCCGCCCAGCCUCCCCACCACCACGCCGGCCUUCAGCACCAAGGCUAUCAACCCCCAACCUUGGCCUCGACUCCCUCACCAACGCCAUCGUAGCCAGCAACUUGGCUUCUUCCCGACUAACCCCAUCCCCAUUAGCACCACCCCCCAACCCUCCUCCUUCCAGACGCCAUAACGCCCACCACCAUCACAACGAUAAAUCCCACAACGCUUCCCUUCCGCAAAGAACAGUCGACUCUUUGACGCCUCAUCGCAGUGGCAACUCCAAAUCGGGAAGUCGCUCCCCAAAACGGACGGGAAUGCUCACCACCCUCCGGCAACCCCCCACGUCUCUGUCAGAUGACGAAGACGCCAGAAGGAAAAUGCACAGGCACGCCCACCGAAAGGGAAAGGUGCUCGGUCAUCACAUACCCGGCCGGAGGAACCACGCUCACCAUGAGGGGUCGAGAUCGAGGUGGAGGGAUGAGGUUACGGCAGGGCAGAGGAGGAGGUAUGAGGCUGUUUGGGCGAGUAAUAAGGGAUUGUUUAUGAAGCCGGAGUGGGGGUUUACCGGUGGAGAGGAUGAUGAUGAGGAAGGGAGGGCACAGGCUGGGACGAAGGAGGCAGAGUUGGUUGUUAAUGUUGUGGUGAGGGAUAUUUGGGACAGGAGUCGGCUGCCGAGGGAGGAGUUGGCCGAGAUAUGGGGGUUGGUUGAUCGGGGGGGGAAGGGGGCGUUGGGACGGGAGGAGUUUGUGGUGGGGAUGUGGCUCGUCGAUCAGAGGUUGAGGGGGAGGAGGUUGCCCGGGAGGGUGGGGAAGAGUGUCUGGGAAAGCGUGGGGCAGGGGGUGGUGAGGGUUUUGCCGCCGAAGGGGGAGUUGAGGAAGAAGAGGUGA